UUACAUUGCCGAGGUGGGGAUACGCUAACUGGCGUUCUUGUCGAAAGAAAUUUACGAAAAGUGUCGCGUUUUCGUCCAUCGAAUCGGAAAAUUCCAGUGCUAAUUGCGAGAACAAACGGCCCGUUCGACCGGCGGAAUCGUUUCGACGUUAGUGCCGGCGUGUUUUGUGUACGAGCAGCGAAGAAAGCCCGCCCGACUGGGAAUCUAACAGCGUGGCUCCAUUUGGCUUCUCUUUGUUUCUGUGCUUGUGCUUUCCGCCAGAGAAAGUUUAAGUGAGUCUUCAUGAACGACAAUGAAGCGUUUCAUCAACCGCGAAAGGUAACCUGAGGGUAUCAAGAUCGCGCGCACCGCCCUCGAACGUCCAAACAGAAAAAAUACCAAGAAGAAUAGGAAGAAUACGAAGGAGGUGGAGGCGGAAAAAAACACGGCAACAUCGCCCUACGAACGACAAUUGAACUAUCAUCAUCUUUUCCGCACGAAAAAGGACCAAAAAGAAAAGGCUCGACUCUUCGCUUCGAAAUCUUCCGCGCGCGCGUGUAUCGGCCUCUUGCCUCGAACGCGUUCGGUCAACUAACGAGGAAAAAUCGUCCGAUCGAGUGCGCGUGCGCGCGUGCAUGUUGGCGUACUAGCGUCCAAUGGACAAGAGAAAAAUGAUGCCAAAAAGGCCUAGGUUCGAGCCGCGCGGUCCCAUAUCGAACGGGCCGAUGCAAUCGCGACCGUUGGUCGCCCUGUUGGACGGGCGCGAUUGCUCGAUCGAAAUGCCCAUACUGAAGGACGUCGCGACGGUGGCGUUCUGCGACGCCCAAAGCACCAGCGAGAUACACGAAAAGGUGCUGAACGAGGCCGUGGGCGCCCUCAUGUGGCACACGAUCAUAUUGACCAAGGAGGACCUGGAGAAGUUCAAAACGUUGAGGAUCAUCGUGCGUAUCGGCAGUGGCGUGGACAACAUUGACGUGAAGGCGGCAGGUGAAUUGGGUAUAGCGGUGUGCAAUGUGCCGGGUUACGGUGUCGAAGAAGUGGCCGAUACGACGAUGUGUUUGAUAUUGAACCUCUACAGGCGGACCUAUUGGUUGGCCAAUAUGGUCAGGGACGGCAAGAAGUUCACGGGACCCGAACAGGUGAGGGAGGCGGCGGCCGGUUGCGCCCGGAUACGCGGCGACACGUUGGGCAUCGUCGGUUUGGGCCGCAUCGGUUCGGCGGUGGCGUUGCGCGCCAAGGCGUUCGGUUUCAACGUGAUCUUCUACGAUCCCUAUUUGCCCGACGGCAUCGAGAAGAGCUUGGGCCUGACGCGCGUCUACACGUUGCAGGAUUUGCUCUUCCAAUCGGAUUGCGUGUCGUUGCAUUGUACGCUCAACGAGCACAAUCACCAUUUGAUCAACGAGUUCACCAUCAAGCAGAUGAGGCCCGGCGCCUUUUUAGUUAAUACAGCUCGCGGAGGGCUGGUGGACGACGACGCGCUGGCGCAGGCCCUGAAACAGGGCCGUAUUAGGGCGGCGGCGUUGGACGUGCACGAAAACGAGCCGUACAACGUGUUCACGGGCCCGUUGAAGGAGUGCCCUAAUCUGUUGUGUACGCCGCACGCGGCCUUCUACAGCGACGCCUCGGCCACCGAGCUGCGCGAAAUGGCCGCCUCCGAGAUCAGGCGGGCCAUCAUGGGCAGGAUACCGGAAUGCCUGAGGAAUUGCGUCAACAAGGAGUACUUUAUGGGGCCCGGCGCUUACCCAGAAGGUACAGGUAAUUAUACCAGCGUAUCGCCCGCCGGCGUGAACGGCGGUUAUUAUCAGGGCGGAGCGCUACCCGUGCAACAGGCGCACUCGACGACGCCGCACGAUUCGUCGCUGACGGUGACGCCGAGCGCCGCGGCGCCGCCGACGCCGCAACCGGCGCCACCAGUCGGGCCGGUUCCCGUGCCACCUCAUGCGAUUCCGAUGAGCACUCCAGAUCCAGCGAAUCACCACGCGCCGAAACCGGAGCCUUCGGAAGUCCAUUAACACAACGGUGUCUCAACAACGCAAGCCAGAUAAAAAUGUUUUCUUGACGGGCGAUGUACUGGUAGAGAAUGUGUGUGGAAAGUUGCUGCAUGUUGAAUCACAUAAUCUCUCGGAUUUUA